CAGGAACCUGAGGCACACAGAGUACUCACUCUUGCAACUAUAAGAAAGCCCACUUCCUCCUGCCUACACUAGGUUGCCUUGUCUGUGACAACACUAACAAGAUUCUCUUAGGUGAAUGAAUACUCGCAGUUCCACCCCACUCCAUUCAAUUUUACAAGAUACUCAACAAUCGGAGUAACCUCGAAGUAUACCUGGCCCCAGACCCGCGUCAGCCUUUCCUUUCCCCAGGCACUUUUCACCUGACCUUCCACCCUUGUCGUGUAUACAAAACAACAUCCACCAAACCAGGAUCACCAACCUCAAUCAAUAACUCACAACCAGAAAGCUGAUUCCUCUCACCAAAAAUAUGAAUCCACCCAAAACUCCUCCUCAAACAAACCCACACCCCAAAUUCCUCGCAUCAACCCCCUUCAAACCAAAAGAAUCAACCUUCUCUCCUCCAACAACUCCCGAAACCCACAGAGACAACCUUAGCGACAUCCUCAGCGACAGUGACAUCAGUAUCCUCGACCUCGGCCCAAGCAUCUCCGCCCGCAACACUUCUUGCUAUCAGGCAUCCAGCACAACCAAGGCCCUUGCCCUAGACGCCAAGCAAGCCUCUUCCCUCACCACACCGACUACCGGACAUGGAUAUCUACAGAACGACCUAACCAUGGACCAAGGCCUAAAGACUCGACCUACUGCCACAUCCCCGCCAAUGAAAGAUACAACACAGGGAGCGGAUAUCACGCCCAAGAAACUCAUGGUGAGGGUCGGGUCUGUGAGGGGUGCUUUGAGGACUUUUUCGUCGCCGCUUUUAUCUCCUUUAAGGAGUGGUACGGGUAAAGUUGGGAGGCCGGGUGUGAAUCGGGCGAAGACUUCGUUCAGGGGUGUUGGGGGCGUUUUGGAGCGUUGAGAUGGGGGUUUGUUUUUUACUUGGAUUGGAUGUUUACCGGAUGGACAGUUUGAUCUUGGGAAUGGGCGUUUGGGCGCUUGGUGAAGAUGUGAUGGGUUCUUGAUGCGUUGGUGGGUUUUUAGCUGGAUCUUUGCUACUAUUGCUCUCUUUUUCCGUGGCUUGUUUCGAUAUUAGUGGUGAUUGCCGAUAGACCGCGUCGGGUUAUUUAGGGUAUAGGCAGUUGAUGCAUAGGCGCAUUUGAACACUGUUGCCAGAGGUUGGAAUAAGAUACUGCAGUGGAUUUCUGUAGGGUAAGGCUUACCGUCAAGGCGAGGAAUUGUUCCAAGUUCCAUAUCCACUAAUUGGAUGUGCGUGCCAAAGAUUCAGCAUUGGUCGGGAAUUGCUAUAGGGUAGCUGCAGUGCAGUGUCAUCGAGUGACCGUUAACUUGUACUAUUAGUCCUAGUCUUGAUUAUUCUCGUAAAUUAAGUGUCAAAGCUGAGUUGCCUCUCAAGGAAGCGAUUCCGCCAAAACGUAUGGGUAGGGUUUAAUGCGUUUUUA